CCGGCAAGCAGGCAGCGCCCAGUGCGCUCGGGCCCGGCGGCGGCGCGGCGCAGCACCCGGCGCCUGGGCUUCCUAAAACGCAGCAGCCGAACAAGAGGAAGCAGCGGCCAGCCGAUCUCCCAACUAGAACAAUGCUGAGGGAACGGGGAGGGGAGAGGACCGGUGUGCAGGCGAAAGUCUGAAAACAGGUGAAUGACGGAGGAGCCGAGGAGGGGAGAGGAGCCAGCAUCGGGGCUGUAGGAGAGCCCAGCGGAGGAGGAAGAGGAGGAGGUGGUGGCGAGAAGAGAGCCUUUGGCUCUGUGGCAGCAGACCCUGGCUGUGCUGCGGCUGAGCCAUGGCUACUAAUUUCAACGACAUCGUCAAACAGGGAUACGUGAAAAUGAAGAGCAGGAAAUUGGGGAUUUACCGUCGUUGCUGGCUGGUGUUUCGGAAAUCUUCCAGCAAAGGCCCCCAGCGGUUGGAGAAGUAUCCGGAUGAGAAGUCGGUGUGUUUACGUGGCUGCCCAAAGGUCACUGAGAUCAGCAAUGUGAAGUGCAUCACGAGGCUACCCAAGGAAACCAAGCGGCAGGCUGUGGCUAUUGUUUUCACCGAUGACUCGGCUCGGACGUUCACCUGUGAAUCUGAGCUGGAGGCCGAGGAAUGGUACAAGACCUUGUCCAUCGAGUGCCUGGGGGCCCGGCUGAAUGACAUCAGCCUUGGUGAGCCAGAUCUGUUGGCACCUGGAGUACAAUGCGAACAGACAGACCGGUUUAACGUCUUCCUUUUGCCGUGCCCAAAUCUGGACAUCUAUGGCGAAUGCAAGCUGCAGAUCACCCACGAAAACAUUUACCUCUGGGAUAUGCACAAUCCUCGCGUCAAGCUCAUCUCCUGGCCCUUGUGUUCGCUGCGCCGCUAUGGACGAGAUGCUACACGGUUUACCUUCGAGGCCGGACGGAUGUGCGACGCAGGGGAAGGGCUGUACACUUUCCAGACCCAGGAGGGGGAGCAGAUCUACCAGCGAGUCCACAGUGCCACUUUGGCCAUAGCUGAACAGCACAAGCGGGUUCUGCUGGAGAUGGAGAAGAACGUGCGGCUGUUGAACAAGGGCACAGAACACUACUCCUACCCAUGUACACCUACGACCAUGUUACCACGCAGUGCCUACUGGCACCACAUCACCGGUUCUCAGAACAUUGCGGAAUCCUCCAAUUACGGAGAAACCGGUUCUGCUGUCUGGUCCACAGGCGAUGCCUACUCGGGGCCCCAAGCCAGCUCAGAGACCGACCUCCUGAACCGAUUCAUCUUACUGAAGCCAAACGUUCCCCAAAGCAGCAAGAAGGAGAGCAAAGAAGCCAGUUCUGCUUCACACUGACAUGGCCCUGGAUGGGAGAGGUCAGGCUGUCAGCUCCACUGAAGAGGGGAGUGGGCUCCGCACCGAAGACUUAAAAAAAAAAAAUUCCAGUGCCUGCUCCCCUCCUUUUAUGAGGGGGCUGUGGUAUGGGGACAGCUGGGUUUUUUUGCUGCAGGAGAAGGGGGGGGGCAGAAUUUGCACAGAAGUAGUUCUGUGGAGAACGUUCCGAAUUCAGGAGUCGGGCCUGCAAUGUCUGCCCAGCAGGCCAAAUGUUGCCAGGCCCAGCGUUAGGGUGAGAACAUGGAGGACGGCUAUCUAUUGUCAAAACAAUUUUAAAUAUAUACUAUGGCUUAUGCAUAUUCUAUAUAUCCAUAGGGGUUUUUUUCUCACACACAAAUGCACACUUCGUAGCCACGAAGGUGAGAUUUUAAACCAUCGGCGGGUGGGUUGGGAUUUUUCUUUUCCCUUUCAUAGGGACUGCAACUACAGACCAAAGGGGAGAAGUUUUAGUCUUGUGGGAAAGAGAGCUUCCCGAAUUGGAGCUAGGGAGCAGAAAGACUGGGUUCUCUAAAAGGAGAAAGACGGCGUCAUUUCUGAUGGCCUGCGAGGAUGAGGAAGCCAUGUCACUGGCAGAGGCCUACAGAAGAGAAAAAGUCUUGCCACAGAACAGCGAGGGCUUCUUCGGUGGAACACUCACCUCUGACAUCACCCAGGCCUUGAGGUGGUCAAAAACGAAACUGAGACGAGCAGACCUGCCCUUGCCACAGUCCUAUGGGUGAAAACAAACAUGUUUGGCCCUGAAAUAUUUGCCGGAGAACUUUGCAAGUUCAGACUCAGAGUGAAGUUUGUGCUACUCUGAAACAUUAAAAACCUGCUCUUGGGCACAUGCAAACACA